AUGUGGACCGGCGUAUGCCUUAAAUCCAGCCUCCUCUUCCCCGCCCCAGUCUCCUCCUCCUCCUCCUGCUCCUCCUCCCCCCCUUCCGUGUCACAGGCAAAUGUGACGGCCACUUCCCCAUGUCGGCACUUCCUGGGACGUUCUCUGCGCUUGCGCCUCAUCUUCUCGGUCCUACUGAUCUUCGUCUGGAUUGAUUCCUCUGCAGCACGCUCUGUGACUCCGCUGAGCCAACUGCUUUCGCUGAGGCGUCUUCUAGGGGGACGCGACGAACCGUUUAUCGGUUCUACGCAGGAUGUUGACUUCGCCUUGGCUAGCGGGUUGGUGAGCAAGCGGACUGUCUCUGAUCCCAAUGACCCCCCACGAAUCAUGUGCGGUCAGACGCUGAUAAAUAAUCUGAAAAAGCAAUGUGGGGCCCGUGGUACAUUUUCACCCAAUUGGAAACGGAGCUACGGUCGACAGGAAAUCCAAACUGCCAGGGGUUAGUCGUUAUUAUUUAAUGGAUGUAUAAUCUGGAGGAUUACUUUUUUACUUAACGUUGCGCAAUAUUUCUCAAUCUAUGUAUUAUUAGCAGCCGCGAGAACGAAAAGAAGAAUUAAGUGGAAAUGUGUGUGCAUUGAUUUAAAAGUUAACAGUACUACUUGUUGUUCUCCAGAAUGAGGAGAGCUCCAGAUGAUUUUUUGAUGUCAUUUACAUAUUUGUCACAUGGAACGGUGUGAAAAUUGAGAUCAAGUAUUAUGACUGAUCAGUUAGGACGGCUGUGGUUUUUCUGAAAACUGCAUUGCCCAUUUUCCAGGCCUUAUUAAACUCAUGUAAUAAAAUGUAACCCAAAUACUUGUCAUCGGUAUGAUAGGCCAGCAACACGAAACCUAGCAGAUUUAUUAUUUUAAUGCAAGUCAAAUGACACAAGCACUGGAAAAAUGAGAAGCUGCAUUUUUAAAACAGGGAAUUUCUUCACUCGUACAACUGUACGCCAUCACGGAAGACCCUGUAGUCGCGCCCGUUUGGACGUAUUCUAGACAAUUUCUCGGAAAUCUGCAAACGCUCUUUUGACUGCCUGGGUUAUUGUCAGAACAAGAGCUAGGCAAUCAGUGUAAAAAUAUGUAAAUUAAAAUGGCGGUCCAAUUCCCCUACUUGUAAUCUGUGUCUGUAACCAGAGGAAUGAUAAAAUUCAGAGGAAAAGUGCGACCGCAUAACCAUAUAAAGCUCCGUUCUCCUUAACUUUGGAACGUAUGAGACCUCAUGGAUUAUAUGAUAGAUGGAUUUGCCAAAAACUUUUCAUAACUUUGGCAAACAUUUUCUCCUCCAUAUUUUAUGUUAGUUAAGAGUAUCAAAAUUUAUAAAUCUGUUUUUUCCUCUGACACUUUCAUUCCGACGGCACUAUGAGAAAUGUGUAAAUUACUGCGCAACAUUCGAUUAAUUUAACGUUGUUAACUAAAAAAUAUUUCCGAAAACAGUUUUAAAUAUAAAGUCACGGUAAAAAAGAUACGAUAAUAUACCAGACAGCAGUAAUGUCAGGAGUUAAUAUGCACAGUAGUGCCGUGCAUUUUUUAAUAUUUACUUGCUGGCAGGCACAAAAAUACGUCCUUAAAGGAUGACAGUAGGCAUUUUUGAGCUUCAUAUAUCAUUAAUUCAUGCGCUUGCUGCCUAAUUUGAUAGGCGGGCGUCAAAAAUAACUUUGUAACCAUUUUAUGUAAUGAAUACAUCGUGCAUUUCAAUCAGGGAGGGUGCGAUUUUCAAAAAUUAUGUAUUUGCUCUGGCCAUAAGAAAUAGUAAUAAAAAUAACGUCAUAAAAUUCACCGCACUAUUCCUAAGCCGAUUAUUUCAAGGCCUUGUAGGUAACUGUCAAAAUGAGGCUGUCUAACAGACACUCGAAACGCCAUUAACAGUUAGCGCAUCAGUGCAAAUCAAUAGCGUCUUUUCUGUGUCAGAGAUGUCAACACUGGUUUGUUACCACAAAGCAAACUAUUAGGAACACGAAAACCAAACAUGCACGAAUACAGAGGAACAUUUCUGGCUGCAAUCUUUCCACUCCCCCUGAAUCCUUAUUCCACCAAAAGGGGUUUAAUUCCCGAUCACUGUAACCGCUUUGGGUAAAUGUCAUCGGAGAUUUAAAGCGUUCUGGUUAGUUUAUUUCAGGAAAGCCAACUCCCGUAGAACUGUCUGCAAUAUAAGUAUGAAAAGAAAAGAUCAUUUUUACUUUUCGACAGUGAUGGUGCAACAACUCGCUUUCUGAUUAGAUGUACGCUCCGACAGUAACUAGGCAAACUCAAAAGCAAAAACACUUGUGUGGAAAAGACAGUUUUAGCAACUGAAUAAUUCAUGUUCAUGCCAAAAUCUCUGGUUAGUUUAAUUUAAGUGGUUUAAUAAAUACGUUUACUUCUGAUAAAAGAGUGGUGGAGAAGAGGUGAGAUGGAAGUUUUGAGACGUAUCUCCCUUUAGAUAAUGAGAUAAUGGAUAAUGAAAUAUCCUCACUUUGGAUACAAAAGGCGCCAAUUUUGAAGGAUUGAAAAGAUACACACAGGCCAAAUUACGUAACGUCUUUAUGGCUCAUAAUGGUACUGCUGGCGUCUCAACAAUAAGCGUUACAUUGGUUUAUGAUCUAAUGGGAGGGAAGUCCAUCAAAGGAAUGGAAAAAGUGAGUUAAUUCCUUUUCAUAUUUUCAGCGUCGAGAAUGCCCUGUGAAAGAUAUUUGUUGCGGUACAAUAUUCAUCACAAGUGCAGAAUAGGUUAAAGUUACUGAAUCGCUUGCAUCUGAAAUUUCUUGGUCAGGCAAAAUAAGCAGAUGUCAGGUCUCGAUUCAGUCUAGUUAAAAAAUACCUCCGCAAAAAAGAUUUUUGCAAAUUUCAUGUAAGAUGACAGGCCUUCUUGACACAAUUUAAUUUUUAAAGUGGAACAUAUAAUUUUGAAAAGUCUGAUGGACUUUGUGAGCGUAGUUCAGACUGGUGUAAUUGUUGGUUACAGGAAUUAUUGUGCUCUAUUUGGUAUCUGACCAAAAGUGUUGCCGUGUUUGCAAAUUUAAAUCCAAUUUCAUAUGCUGCGCUGGACACUCUUUCACAGCCUGCCUGACUUUUAAAGUGCGCUUUGAUGUGCUUUAUUUAGAUUCGUUUUAUUACGUCCAUUGUAACCGAUUAAACCGCAUGUUCUAAUGAAAAAGAGUUCCCGAGUCUGAAAUCUAGGUCAUCCUGGAUUGCUGUAAGGGACUGACAGUGGCGUCCGGGACGGCCCUUUGUAUUCUUUUUAAUGGUCCUGUGAAGUUAAUUUUUCUAAUGUAUGGAGGCAAAUAGUCUAUUUACAAAAGAAAAUCUCUUCGCGCUGAUGUCAUACAAGCUGACGUGAAGUUGCUGUUGUUCAUUAAAUUACCUACUGAUAAUGCUGUAUUAUUUGAUAAUUGCUCUCAAUUAUUGAAAACUUCCUCAAGGGUCCAUUUGUGUUUACUUUAAUGAGCUGUGUAAUUUGACUAGACUUUGUUCACAGAUUGACUAAGUGAGAUUAUUAACUGCCGACAUAAUUUUAAUAAAUAAUAAUACCCGUCCUAUCGGGGAAGCCUCUAUUGGAAAGCAAGAACUGGAACCACAUUCCUAAGCUCCUUUUUCAUGCUGAUAAAACCCGCCGAUGCGUUGUCACCAAUAGCAAAAUUUUGCUUUAAAACGCAGAAUUGUAAUAAACAUACGGUAGGUGAACUAAAUCAUGAAAUGUCAAACGAAAUUCCAAAAUUCGUUUUCGUUCGAAAAGAUUAAUUAGGUAGGGUUGUAAAAAUAAUCAACCUGCAACAUAAUUCUAUAAUAUUUCAGUGACCUCAGGGUGCUGGGUUUCGAAUUAAUUUCCUUUCAGCUGCAUGAAAAAAACUACGUUAUGUAAAAAUGACUACUUAUUUUGCAUGAAUUUUUUUCAUUGAUUUUCGAUGCCCUAAAAGUCCAACUAUAUUUCAUGGAAAUCAUGCAUAAAAAUAUUUAUUCUCUUGUUCAUUUGGUAGAAAAUAACGUCUUCUUCCAAUUCUAUGCUCAAAGGAAGGGUAUAAUUUGGUACUCAGAAACUUUUUUAAUCUCCGAAUUAUUUUGAACCCGCUCUACCGUUACAUUUGGAUUCAGGGUUUCGAAACUGAAAGCCGGAUAUUUUUCGCGUACGGAAAACCACAUAUUUCUCUUCGGUAUUAAAAGGGGAUCAUAUAGUGUUCAUACAAUUUGGCAGUGGAUUUGAUCCAUAUUGUAAGCUUUACAAGCCACGCUGGUAAAUGCAGAGUCAUGACGAUUUAUGAACGGCCAUUGCACAGUAUUUAAAAGUCCCACAAUUAGCAACUUUUUUAAAACCGAAUUCUGUCCCUUCUUUGGGUAUAAAAUUGAAAGAAGACAUAAUUUUGUACCAAAUGAGCAAGAGAGUGAAUGCUCAUAUGCAUGUUUUCCAUGAAAUCUAACUGAACAUUUAGAGGCAUCGAAAAUUAAUAAGAAAAAUUCAUGCUAAAUAAGUAGUCAUUUUUUAUACAGCGUAGUUUUUGCAUUCAGCCGAAAGGAAGUUCCUUUUGAAAGCCGGCAUCCUGUGGUAACUGAAGUAUUAUAGAAUUAUGUUGCAGGCUGAUUAGUAUUACAACCAUACUUAAUUAAUCUUUUUGGAACGAGAACGCAUUCCGGAGUUUUGACUGACAUUUCAUGAGUUAUCCAACCUACUGUACAGCGAUUCAACAUUCGGAGACUUCCCGCACAAAGCACGUUUGGACGGCUAGACGUCGUCAAAGUUGGACUUUAAAUCCUUAAGGUGUUUUUCCUUGUCUUUAUUUUGAAACUCAAAUAGGUUCUAAGGUAAUUUGUACAACCUGACUUAAGGCAUACCUAUGUCAUUUAAAUAAAAAAUGGUGCUCACUGAGUUGGAGGCCCCACAAACGUUUUGCGAUUCUAACGUCUAAUAAUUAAAGAAUAGUUCUCUGAAAUCAAAUCGACAAAGAUAGCCCUCUGAGAGAGAGACGCAUUUUAGUUCUAAACGUUUCGUGGCAUCCUACCGAAUUCUGUGGAACACGACUUUUAGCAAACGAUGAGUUCACUAAUCGCGAAAUACACGUUAAGUUAUAAGCUUGCUCUGCAGAGCUUUUAAUUCCAAGAUUCGUAUUGAUCAAAAUAAGAUUAUUUGACACACUGCAUAUAUGUUGCUGGCGAUCAGUCAUCUAGGGUCAUGGAUUUUGACUGCGUACGUGAUAUUUCAUAGGCGCCAGAUGUACGCAACACACAGAGGUUUAACUGAUUAUUUUUUUAAUUUUCCGACCUAUUUUUAUGCGUGGUAAAGUUUUUGAGAAAUAUUCUUGGAAUAUUGGUCAUAUUGUGAGCUGUUUUGCCGUUUCUCAGCGUAUGCAUAAAUCUGUUCAUUCUUUUUCCAGAUGACAAUGACGCUGAUUCUGGGUUCAGGCUCCAGAAACGCUAUGAUGAUUUGUGCAGCGUCUACCUGCAGUAUGAACCCGACAGCCCCCUGUCUCAAUGCUGCUGCCUUGGCUGCACUAAUGCAUACCUGGAAGGAUUUUGUGCAGAGAAGUAG